CACUGACGUCACGCGGAGCCCGGACCCGGUGCCUCUGUUAGCAGAGCAUCAGUGUCCGUUUCACCAACAACCAACAAAAAGACUCGUUUUUAAAGAGUCAGCGACGUUUUGUCGACGGCAGUGUUUCCGGGGACGUUAUCACAGGCAGCAGUCGGUAGGGAUGACACCGCUGCUGCUGCUGCUGUCCGUUGGAGGAAGAGGAAGAGGAAGGAGGUGAUGAUGAUGAUGACAUGCAGUUAGCUGGCUGGCUGGCUGGCUGGCGGACCGACGGACAGACUUGAGCCCACUGUGUCGUCCCACAACCAGAGCAGGAUCCGGGACGACAAGAGGUGAAGAUGCCGCGGAGAAAACAAUCCAACCCCCAGCCAGUGAAAUUGGAGUUGGAGGGCGGGGCGGUGGUGUGCGAUCCAGGCUGCCUGGUUCUGGAGAGCGACUUCCUGCUGAGCGGAGAGCUGGAGUUUGGAGACUCCGAGAUCAUGGGGCUGGAUAGAGAGCCGGGUAUGACGGUCUUCUCUCUGAGCGUUGAGGACGAUCCUUCAACACCAACAGACUCCACCUUCCCAUCUUUCCUCUCCUGUAAAGGAUGUGGUCAACUUCUGGGAGACACACCUCUGGGGCCAGGUUUAGAUCUAGGUAUGGGCUUGGACCUGGGGGCGGAGCUUUAUUGCCUGACCUGUGAGGAGGGCCUCCAGCAUGAGGCCUCCAUCGACCCCUCUCAGGUGGAGGGGUUGAUGGAGGCUGACCGAUCCUUCAGUGCUGACUCCGACAGGAAGAGGAGAAGUGUAGGUAAGACAGACGGAGCAGGUGACAUCCCUUCUAAACUGUACUCCUGCUCGCUGUGCGCCUUCACCUCGCGCUACUCCAACCACCUGAAGCGCCACAUGAGGACCCACGACGGCCAUAAGCCAUACCGCUGCCCCGUCUGCCACUACGCGUCGGCCCAGCUCGUCAACCUGCAGCGUCACGCCCGCACCCACACCGGGGAGAAGCCGUACCGCUGCCACCAGUGCAGCUACGCCUGCAGCUCCCUCGGCAACCUGCGGCGCCACCAGCGGAUGCACACGCAGGAGAGACCACAGAGGAGGGAAAAGGAGAAAAGACGAGGGAGGAGGAAAAGAGCAAAUGUUGAAACAGAAGAAGUAGUAUCAGACCUGACCCUGCGAGUGUCCCAGGACUCAGGUUACCUCCAGACGUUUGGGGGCCUCGGCUCUCCCUCUGCCCCGCUCCCCGUCCUCCUCUUCCCCCUGUGCUGCCGGAUGUGUGGCCUCACCCUGGAGGAGGCCGACCUGGAGGGCGACAAGGCCGAGGGGGAGGGGGAGGGCGACGGAGGACAGGUGUGUCGUCGUUGCUCGUUGGAUCUGCUCUCCAAAGAUGGAUCCGGGUCUCCGUGCAGCCCGGCCGUGUCUCGGGGAUCCCGGCGUGGUCAACGUGGCACCAAUCUGUACCGCUGCCCUCACUGCCCCUUCCUGUCCCACUACCCCAACCACCUGGCCCGCCACGCCCACACCCACUCUGAGGAGAAACCCCACCGCUGCCUGCACUGCCUCUACACGUCCUCGCACCUCGACAACCUCAAACGCCACAUGCGCGUGCACACGGGCGAGAAGCCCUACCAGUGCCCGUCGUGCAGCUACGCCUGCGGAAACCUCGCCAACCUGCGGCGACACGAGCGCAUCCACUCAGGCGCCAAGCCGUUCCACUGCGGCGUGUGCGGCUACUCCUGCAACCAGAGCAUGAACCUGAAGAGGCACAUGCUGCGGCACACGGGCGAGAAGCCGUACGCCUGCGCCGAGUGCGUCUACACCACGGGCCACUGGGACAACUACAAACGCCACCAGAGGAAACACGGACACAACACGGACAGCUGGGACAAACACGCACCCAUCAAUGGCCUCAGCUGGGGCAGAGACACUCAGGAGAGCCAGAGUCAGGGACAGGAACACAGUUAGAUACUGUGUGUGUGUGUGUGUGUGUGUGUGUGUGUGUGUGUGUGUCUGAGCGAGAGAGUGUGUGUUAAUGUGUGUUGUAUACACUGGUGAACCUCCAGCUCAGGUUGGAGUUAAACUCAGGUGCCUUUGACAGGCUGAAAGACUGUAAUACUGCACUGACUUUAUAUAGGGGCAUUAAUAUAUGUGUGUGUGUGUGUGUGUGUGUGCUGCAUAUACAAACUCACAUCAUACACACACUUUGAAUCAGUGACAGUGCGUCACUCUUUUCUUCAGUAAAUGCAGUCCAGACUUCUGAUCUGUCACAGUGUGACUUUCUCUAACUGUGUGACAUGAAGCCAGUCUGAAUCUGCUGAAUUGAAAUGUUUAUUUUUUUUCCUCGACAGAUGAUCUAUAUUUUGUAAAUGUGGGUGCAUCGUUGUCUCACAAGCUUUAAGUUAAUUUGAGUAAAUCUGGGUGUUUUGUUUUUGUUAAAUCAAGGAAAGAUUGGACUCAUUCCGUUUGUCAGUGUGCAGCUUUAGCUUGAUUCCAGACCACUGAAUCAUUGUGAUUGUUUCCCCAAUCAGAUCGUUCUAGGCCAGAUUAACAGGGACGCCAUUUUACUACGUCGCUAACUAUAUUAAUGAAAGAUUGUGACUGAAAAAUGGUGACAAGAAAGAAAAUAACAACUCUUAAAUCAACACAUUUCUUCAGACAUGACAAACUGCUCCAAACAACUGUGACUGCAACCGCACACUCACUACUGAUUAUUUAUGACAAAACAAUAUAACCCUGAGUCUGUUAUAUUGAGAAUAAAGUCAUUAUAUUAUGAACUUUUUAUCUUAGAAUUAUGACUUUAUUUUCAUGACAUCAUGGACUUUUCUCACUUAAAAUCACAACUUUGCCCCAGAUUAUUUGAUGUGGAGCCUGAAAUAUCCUGGAAUUUGGAGACCUUUAUUCCAGACAAGGAGACUGCUAAGCUUGUGAUCAUUUUUCUUAGGAAUUCAGAGGAUAUUAUAGCUUGUUUCAGCCGAUUUACCUCUCAGACAUCAACAAUUCAGGGAACAAUAGAAAGAAUGUAGUCAUGAAAGAACUCUUAAUUUUAUUAAAUCAAACAUUAAAAUCCUGGUCUUUAUUUCAGACAGAAAACUUUCAGGCUCAAACUCUCAAACACACUUUCUUCAGGCAUUAUUACUCGUGGGUUAAAUAAGCUAUCAGAUCAAGAAGCUUUCAUUCAAAUCCAGGCUCAUUUUAAAUCAAAUCUAAAUGUCAAAACUGUGAAUUUAUUAGGCUGCGAAUAUAAUAUUGGAACAAACAAAGCUGGCUGGAAAAUAUGUCAACGUUCAAAAGCUGAAUUUCUGCCGGAAAUAUGAAAGCUAAAGCCGUAAGACUGUUUGACAGGAACAGUUCAAUAAUUUCCUUUCUUUCCUUAAACUAGAGGAGAAGGUCUUAAUUCAGGAUUAGCCUAGCUUAGCAUAAAGACUUGAAGCAGGGGGAAACAGCUUGCCCGACUGUCCAAAAGACGACCAAACACCUCUAAAGCACUUUUUUUUUAAAUUAUUUUUGUUUGUUCGACCGGCACACCAAACAGAAAUCAAAAUGUGCAUUGUGUUCACAGUGAGGUUGCCAGGUUUGUUGUUCACAGUGCCUUCAUACCAAUAAUAAAACAACUCUUGACUGAAGCUA